AUGCCGUGGUGGGGAAAAGGUACGGCGGAGGACAAGCAAGCUCCCCAAGCUGCUUCGUCGGCUCCCGUCACAGGUCAACCAAUCGAGCCAGUCGAGUCCAAAAACGUUCCCAAGGAAAGCGCCAACACCUCAAGUUUCGAUCCCAGCCAUCUCCCGGAGCGCAAGAAGCUGUCCCGGAAUCUUCAGAAGAUCGUCGACAAGCACGAUCACGAUGAUUCGUGGUACGAUGAACUAGUUGACGGCUACGUGCCUGAUUCGACCGAGUCCAACUGGCGAUAUGCCGCCUACGCGAACCGUUUGCGCACCAUUAUGCUCUCUGCGCACCGAUAUGUUGCAUAUACAUCCGACAUUGGCGAGUCGUUUCGGCCCGUGGCCCACCCUUGGCUGGUGAGGAGUGCCUAUGGUAUCUCGUGGACGUAUAUUCUGGGAGAUGUCAGUUAUGAGGGUUACAAGGCAUACUGGCAAAAUCAGCGCAAGCUCAAUCCCGAGCUGGUGCUUAGCGAGCAGCAACUCAAAGCGACAGGCUUGAGCAAUGAACCUCAGGCUGGCGCACUUGUCAGGAAGGAGCCCGGUGUGGUGGCACCUCUAGAAGACUAUCGAACUGUUAUGCUGCAGCGAGGUAUCUUCCAGAGCGUGGCAAGUAUGGGCCUUCCCGCAUUCACUAUCCACAGCGUGGUCAGGUAUUCUGGCCGUGCCUUGAAGAAUGUGAAGAAUACAAAGUUGAGGACUUGGGGCCCGAUCGGUCUGGGAUUGGCCGUUGUACCCACGCUUCCUUAUCUUUUCGAUCAUCCCGUCGAAAACGCGGUCGAGUGGAUAUUCCACAAAGGAUUCUCGCUUUAUGGUGGACAGGCUGCCGUGGGCAAUUUGCCGACUACAGGCCGAGAAGAGCAAUUGUCAAAGAGACCCAAGGAGAAGGAGCUGUGA